AUGGAGAGCAUUUGCCUCGCGGACACGUAUCGCCUCGCGGUGGAUUAUCCACCUCCUGAAUUUACCACACACCACAUGCCGAAGCGCAGCGGUCGUCGCGGCGUCUCUUCCUCUUCCAACGCCAUGGCGUCGUCUUCCCUAUGCGCCCCUUCUCUCGGUCCGCACGUCUGGCACGCAGAGCCCUCAAAGCAGCAGCAGCAGCAGCCUCGUCUCCUCCCGCCAUGCCUUCAUGAGGAGGUGGCGGAGAGCGAUGAUCCCUGUGAUCUGACUGUACCUGCGCGCACCACCUCUGCCACCGCUGCCAAUGCUGCCAACGCUGGCACUGCACCUACUGCGGCCAACAAUGCCAGCGUGGACUACAGUCAGCUUUCCGUCGUUGACUACAGUCAACACGCCACGUUCUUCGCACAAGAGUGGAGGGAGAACCUUGAAUCGCGAGUUGAAUUUCGGUCGCAACCGCUAGAGUCGUCCUUUUUCGGCGGCGACGGCGGCGGCUGCGGCGGCAGCGUCCUCCACGGCGUGGACUGCGGCCCGGUGGAUCACCUCUUCCCCGCUCAUGUCUCCGCGGCUGUGGAGGGGCCUUUUCGCGGAUUCAGCGGCGCCACCGCCGGGGAUCUUGGUCUGUGCGCGCUGCCGCCGGCAGCGAGCUGCGGCAUUGGCGCGGAGCACGUGCAGGAGGUAACCCCGCUGGCCAUUCUCGAGACAAUCCGCGCGCUCCCGGGGCUAGCGGGAGGCCCUUCCGUGCCGCACCGGCCCAUGUCCCGCGGCGCGAAGGCGGCCGUCGCGCGGGUGAUGAUGCGGAGGCGGGCUGCGGAGCAACAGCAGCAGAAGCGCCUGCAGCAGGAGGAGCAGCAGCAGCGUAGCGAGAAACCGGCAGGGAGCGACGAAGGAGUGGCGGUAAAGUCAGUCGAGAUGGCCUGCCCGCGUGGACCCUUCGCAGUGUUUAAGCAAUCGCUGGAAACGCCUCUAGUAGGUGGCUGGGAGGAAGCGAGAGGCGUUGCGGACGACGCGGGGAAAAUAGAAGCGGAAGUGGUUGAGGAGGGACGACAAGGCCCAGAUAUGGGGCGUUUUGAAGGCGGCGCCGCCGCUGGGCGAGACCUCGCGACAAUGGCGGCAGUGGCGGGCGCAAAGUCUGUGGGUGAAUCGCAGCAAAGCGCAGGGACGAAGCGCGCGCGCGAGCUUGGAGUGGCGGAGGCAAUUCCGCCGGUGUCCAAGGCAGCGAGGGGCCUGUGGGAGGUGGUGGCGUGCAGAGAGCGCGCUCUGGCGGACGCCGCAGACGCGAUUGACCAAGCAGACGUUGUGAACGUUAUGGACGCGAUCGACGCGAUUGGGUCGAUUGGUGCGAUGGACCUGGUGCAGGCAGUGGACGCACAAGCAGAGGCGGCAGCUAGCGGUGUGCUUGGAGCUGGGGGUGUGGACGAAGCAGUGAGGGGGGAGUUGGAGUGGUUCGUGGGAGCGGAAUUUGGAACAUGCAUGGGGAGCCUGUUCGGAGGGAAGGCUGAUGGGAUGUGCGCAGGACAGUGUGUGUGCUGCGGCGGCGUGAAGAACGCUUGGACUGGAUGCCAUGAUUUCACCAUGGCUGGUGUUGCAGGGCUGUCUGAUGAUGCCACGCUCACAGGACCCCCACCCAGCAAGAGAAGGGACGAGUUUUGGAGCGCCUCAAAGCCCGUCUCAUGUCACAUCACACGCGCUCUCACUCACUCGACGCCCACCCAGAAAAGUAAUGUUGCCAGUGCCAUCCAGCAAGCCCACCCAGGUCGGAAAGGCGGCGAGGUUUGA